GUGGGUGUGACGCCAUAUUGUUUUCCAACAUAUUUUCGAAGCCGAGUGUUUCUUGUGAAUGUGAUGAUUUACAAUGAUUUCCAAACCGAUCUGAGUUUGUAAAACUGACAAACCACGCUUCAUUUGAUCCACAUAAUUCUCUAACAUUACUGCUAUUACUAAUUUGUUAACUUAACAAUAAAGUUCGACGAAUAUUGGUCGAGUUUCCUGGGCCACCUUGCCGAACUGCGUUGCGUGCAAAUAAUAUUCUCUUGACACGGUUUUAGUCAUUGUUUUAGAAAGUUUUGCCUGCCUAAAACUCUUUACACGAAGGGAGGAAGAUGACGGCAUCGGAAGUCUCAUUUAAUCGAAAAAUAAUAUCGGAAGAUUUGUCGAACGUUGAAUUCGACACCAGCGAAGAUGUGGAAGUCAUCCCAACAUUUGAUUCUAUGGGACUCCGCGAUGAGUUAUUGAGAGGAAUUUACACUUACGGUUUUGAAAAGCCGUCAGCUAUCCAGCAAAGGAGUAUUCAACCUAUUGUUAAAGGUCGAGACGUGAUCGCCCAAGCACAAUCUGGUACCGGUAAAACGGCUACCUUUUCAAUAUCGAUUUUGCAGUCUUUGGAUACAACUCUCCGUGAAACUCAAGUGUUAGUGUUGUCACCAACCAGAGAAUUGGCAACACAGAUUCAAAAGGUCAUCCUUGCAUUAGGUGACUUCAUGAAUGUUCAGUGUCAUGCUUGUAUUGGAGGCACAAACCUUGGCGAGGAUAUAAGGAAGUUGGAUUAUGGUCAGCAUGUUGUUUCUGGGACCCCUGGACGUGUUUUUGACAUGAUAAGGAGGCGUGUGCUGCGUACCAGAUCAAUCAAAAUGUUAGUACUGGAUGAGGCAGAUGAGAUGUUGAACAAGGGAUUUAAGGAGCAGAUCUAUGAUGUCUACAGAUACCUGCCACCUGCAACUCAAGUUGUGCUAAUCUCUGCUACGUUGCCCCAUGAGAUACUUGAAAUGACUUCAAAGUUUAUGACAGAUCCUAUUAGGAUUCUUGUCAAACGUGAUGAGUUGACACUGGAAGGUAUCAAACAGUUCUUUGUUGCUGUUGAGCGUGAGGAGUGGAAAUUUGACACACUCUGUGACUUGUAUGACACUCUGACAAUCACUCAAGCUGUGAUCUUCUGUAACACUAAAAGAAAGGUAGACUGGCUCACCCAGAAGAUGCAAGAAGCAAACUUCACAGUGAGCUCCAUGCAUGGUGACAUGCCACAGAAGGAGAGAGAUAAUAUCAUGAAGGAGUUUAGAUCAGGGCAAAGUCGAGUACUGAUCACAACAGAUGUAUGGGCCAGGGGAAUAGAUGUACAGCAAGUGUCUUUAGUGAUCAACUAUGACUUGCCCAACAAUCGUGAAUUGUAUAUUCACAGGAUUGGUCGCUCGGGUCGUUUUGGACGCAAGGGUGUAGCCAUCAACUUUGUCAAGUCUGAUGAUAUAAGGAUCCUGAGAGACAUUGAACAGUACUACUCAACACAAAUUGACGAAAUGCCUAUGAAUGUAGCAGAUUUAAUUUAAAUAUUUAAUAGUUCUUUAUAUUGUGGUAAAAAUAUGCAUAAAGCAAUAACAUCAGAUUUGAGCACAUUUUAGUGGUGGAAGUCACUUAUACUUUAAACUGUUUCAUAUAAAUAGAAAUAAGAUACUUAUUUUUUCUGACUAGUUGAUAUUUAUUUUUUUUCUUAAAUAAACUUAACAAAAUAUUAUUAUUGUUUUAAACUUUCCUUAGAGCCUGCGCAAACGAGAGACUAAUGUCCGUCCACAGUUGGAUAGUUUUACUACGAUUUUUCACCAUACACAUUAUUCAAUUGUGUGCAUUAUGCGAUACAGUUUAUAAUCACUCAUUUGAAUCAUUGUCCUCCAUGGACAAUAGUUUAUCGCCUGCACAGACAGGCCCCUUAUAUUUGAAGAUAAUGAAACAAGUAUUAGAAUCUUUAAUUUACAAAUUUUAUUUUACACAAGCACAGCAAUUUUUAUAAAAUGAAAUAUGUGAAUCUACACCUAGGUGUUGUAUUACAUUUAAAUGGUCACCAAAAAUUUAAAUGUUCAAAGCUAAGCUCUUGGAAUGUCUAUUAAUAUACUCUAGUAAUUAUUUUACAUAAACUAUUAUUAUUUAAAACAAAAAAACAAGACU